CUGGCAAUGGCGGCCGUGAAAGCACAUCGAAUCCAGAAACUGUGCGCAGCUGUGCUGCUCUUUUCUGCUGUCUCGAUAGCAUAUGCGCAAAGAAGCCAAAAGGAGGACUUACUCAUCGUUCGAGAAACCGAGAUACGGGAAUGUCAGCCCGUACAGCAGCUAAACGUGCUGAAAGCUCGGCUAGCUGAGGGCGAAUCGCCUAUCAUGCGCCAAGUCUUCGCAUGGCUAUUUCCCUUUGGUCCUGGAUGGAAUUCCGUACUGGGUACCUUCUAUAUUAGCUCCGUCCCUAAUUUUAUCCUGGCCUUUAUCCCGGCCGAAAUCAACUCCAACACGCUCAACACCAUGACAGCGUUUGCGACAGGCGGCCUUCUAUCAGACGUCUUCCUGCACCUUGUGCCGCACUCGUUUAUGGGCGAACACCAAGACGAGAGCGUGCAUUUCGUAAUGGUCCAAGAAAAGAGGAAUAUUCUCGUAGGGCUGGGUAUAUUCGUCGGGUUCGCCUCUUUCUUCAUGAUGGAGAAGACUCUGCGAGUGCUUGGCGGUGACUCGGACGCACCGGGUCACUUGCAUUCGCACUCCCAUGCUCCCAGCCCGGCCGAGCAUGCUCAUACCUCAGGCGUAGAAGUCACUUCGACGGGAAGCGACAUCCGCAUGCGCGGAGAGAAGAGCUCAGAGGUCGCUGACACAUCUGACCUAACGAAGCUCCAGCAGAAAGAACCGGCCGGCUCCGUCUCGAAGCUCUCAGCCUACUUGAAUCUUUUCGGAGACUUCGUACACAACAUCACCGAUGGAUUGGCGAUGGCCGCUUCUUUUUAUUCCUCCCCCCUUAUAGGCGCGACGACCACCCUAGCGUGCUUCGCGCAUGAGAUUCCACACGAAAUCGCGGAUUAUUCAAUUCUUAUACGGUCCGGCUUCACGAAGCGCCAGGCCAUGCAGUCGCAGUUUAUUACCGCUGUCGGAGCUUUCAUCGGAACGUUCAUGGGUAUCGCCAUUCACAACAUGGCUGCAUCUGGCAGUGAGACGAAUGAAACCACCGACCUAGCUUCUGCUCUCCGGCAGACUGCGUCUGGUAUACUAGGAACUACUGUUCAGGCUGCCGACUUGGUCAUCCCGUUCGUCGCCGGCGGUUUUCUGUACAUCGGAGCCGUUGCCGUGCUCCCGACGCUGCUAGAAGACAGCAAAAGUGGCAAACAAGCGCUGCGAGAGUUCGGGGCUAUGGCCUUCGGUGUCUUAUGCAUGUUCCUAGUUGCGUGA